GUCGACUUCGACUAUACACCCAAAUGGAAGAGGGUGGAAUGGGGUGCUCCGGGUCAAUUCUACCUUGAUGAGGUCACCUUUCCCAAGGUGCUCAAGGACAAGCGCUAUAAGUAUAGGGUCGUCUCCGGAUCAACCGAUCUGGGUAUCAGAGAGCCGUAUGAUGUCCAGGCAGAUGGCUCCCAAAGGAUCAAUUUCUUGGAGUAUAAUCAGGGGUAUGGAAUACGUGAUACGAACACGGUGACCGUCUAUCUUGUUGAUCCGGAGACUGCUACGGAGUACAAGCUGACCCAGAGUCAGUAA